AUGCUUUUCUAUGGUAUAUUAAGCAGUACAGGUCCACCAUUCUCACUGACCAUCUCCCAGCCUCACCCCUCUAAGUCUCUCAAAAACAGUGAAGGAGCCUGGUAUUCAAGAUUACCAGUUAGAUCAGUAGCCGAUUGUACCUGUCAUACUCAUCAAUAG